AUGCUGCCACAGACCUCUUUUCAUAUUUCGAGAAUACCUUCACUGAUAUUGCGUUCCGCAACAACCAUCCGAAUGCCAUCCAACUAUUGUGGUCGGGGCUCAUUAUUAUACUCUUCCUCGACACGCCUACUGGGGUCCAAAGCAGGAGUCCCUGGCAAUCCACCCGGUGAAAUUGUCCUGGAAGAUUAUCAAGAGGCACUGCCCAACAUCGACCAAGACCGGCUCAAACGUACCGUGGAACAAAUACGAGAGAUUCUGGGAUACACUACCUACGAUCUAUCGCUGUAUCUGGUGGAAGAUGAACUCAUGCAAGAAACCAACUUGGAAACCAGAGGCAUGAACAAACCCACCGAUAUUCUGUCCUUUCCCUUUCAUGAACCCAUUGAACCAGGGAGACUGCAAGAACCAGAAUUUCAAAACAUUCCCGAUUACUUUAGUCUCGGAGAAAUGAUGAUUGAUGUACCCUAUGUCAUUCGAGGUUGUCAAGAAGAUUCCGAGUUUGACAAUCAGCAGCAAGAUUCCGAUUUAGUAUAUGACGACAACAACAGUGAGGAGGAUAGGGGAGUUUCCGGAGCCAUGGCGACGGUAUAUGACCCAGAAGAACGGAUCCAUAUGCUUCUGGUCCAUGGAAUGCUACAUCUAGUGGGACAUGAUCAUGAGCAAGAUGACGAAUACGAGCUCAUGGUACAGAAAGAGGAGGAAAUAUUGAUCCAGUUGGGAAUGAUGGAUCCAGCCAAGGGCAAUCAACGGUAA